AACAGCUCAGGACAGAGGACAUGUGUGCAUAGCAGAGACUCAGAGACACAGGAAAGGACGAGCCACCUGAUAAGAAAGCUGGGAAAUGACUUGGAUUUUAUGAAACUGGUUAUACUGAUAGGAGAAAUGAGUAUUGCUGAUGGGAAGACACGUUAUGUGUCCACUUUCAGGAUACAGCUGUCAAGCUCCCAGUCAAAGGGGGCCAACGGACAAGUGUCCCAACCCGCACACAUCCCCACAAUCACCACAGCUGUGAGGAAGCCUGGAGAGACAUCCAAUGCAGUGAGUAGUAAACACAGCCAUACUAGUGAUCUGUAUCCACCCCUUUUCACUGAGCCCCUUGAGGACUGUAUAGUGGAUGAAGGAAAUGACAUCGCACUGAAAGGGACUAUCACAGGGAACCAGCCAAUAAGUGUUUCCUGGCUUCAUAAUGGUGAGCCUGUGCUGUUUGGAAAAUCCUCAUUAGUGGGAGGAGUGGUGACUUUGAUAGUUAGGGAAUGUCUCCCAGAGGAUGCUGGGGCUUAUACAUGUGUGGCUGAAAACACAGCAGGAAAAACAUCCAGCAGCGCAGCGGUGUGUGAGAGGUAA